GGAGGGACGGGAACAGCAGGAGGAGGAGGAGGAGCAGCGAGCCGGGCUGCAGCGGCGCGGGAGGAGGAGCGGCCCCCGCGAGGCCACGUUUUGUUUUUGUUAUUUUCCAUCCCAAUAGUUCUCGCAGGCUCUUCCCCAGCACAGAGCGCGCUGCAGCGGGCGGCCCCGACCUUCCAGGUGACAGCCGGUCACCCUGGUAGGAGUCAGCUCCGCCCCAAGUCACCCCCCUCCCGCCCACAGUCCCAUUCCCCGCCCAGCCUCCCAGUGCCUGCCCGAGGCCAGCGCGGCGGCCGCAGCGGGCUGCAGCGCUGGAGCGGGCGGCGGUAGGGGCCCUCGGCGAGGUGCUGUGACCCUGCAGACCCGCGGCAGAGGAAGGGGGGAAGUCGGCCUGGAGGUGCGAGCCGGAGAAAGGAGGAUGUCCAUUUAAUCUGCCCCCUCCUGCCCGUCCAUUGCUGGGCGCUCGUCUGGGUGCCUCCAAGCCGCUCCCGGAGAAGUGUCGCAUGGGGCAGGGCCGCUGAAGCACCGAGUUCGGGGUCUCGUCACGCCGAGGCGGGCGCGGGGGCCCGUUGUGGUAGUUGGCACAGUUUCGGUCCCGCCUUCUGAGCAAGAACUGGGAGCGCGGUGCGCCAGGUCUGCCACCCCGGUGCCCUCGUGAGGCGCGAGUUAUGGAGCCGCCCAGCUGCAUUCAGGAUGAGCCGUUCCCGCACCCCUUGGAGCCGGAGCCGGGCGCACCAACGCAGCCCGGCUCCGGGAAGCCGGGCGACAAGCGGUUCCGGCUGUGGUACGUGGGAGGGUCGUGCCUGGACCGCAGGACCACGCUGCCCAUGCUGCCCUGGCUCAUGGCCGAGAUCCGCCGGCGCAGCCAGAAGCCUGAAGCGGGCGGCUGCGGGGCGCCGGCGGCCCGCGAGGUAGUCCUAGUACUCAGCGCGCCCUUCCUGCGUUGCAUCCCGGCGCCGGGCGCCGGGGCCGCGGGGAGCGCUGGCCCCGCGGCCACGCAGCCCAGCCCCGCUGUGUUCAUCUUCGAGCACAAGGCGCAGCAUAUCUCUCGCUUCAUCCACAACAGCCACGACCUCACCUACUUUGCCUACCUGAUCAAGGCGCAACCCGAUGACCCUGAGUCACAGAUGGCCUGUCACGUUUUCCGCGCCACAGACCCCAACCAGGUUCCUGAUGUAAUCAGCAGCAUAAGGCAGUUAUCUAAAGCAGCCAUGAAAGAGGAUGCCAAACCCAGCAAAGACAACGAGGAUGCCUUUUACAACUCGCAGAAGUUCGAAGUCCUGUACUGUGGAAAGGUGAUAGUGACUCACAAGAAGGCCCCAACCAGCCUCAUUGAUGACUGCAUCGAGAAGUUCAGCCUGCAUGAACAGCAGCGCCUGCGGCUGCAGGGCGAGCAGCGUGCGGAUCCUGGCGAAGAGCUGAUGGUCUUCGAGGAUGAGUCGCCUGGGUCCCCAGGAGAUAGCGUGCCUGAGGAAACUGAGGACAUCGCCAACAGCCGCCCUGCCCUGCCCGCAGUGACCAGCCAGCCUGUCCUGUCCAGUUCCCGAGUUUGCUUCCCUGAGCGGAUUUUGGAAGACUGUGGCUUUGAUGAACAGCAGGAGUUUCGGUCUCGGUGCAGUAGUGUCACCGGAGCCCUGCAAAGGAAAGUUCACGAGAACAACCAGAAAUCACAGCCUCGAAGGAGACAUGCGAGUGCGCCCAGUCACGUGCAGCCAUCGGAUUCGGAGAAGAAUAGAACGAUGCUGUUUCAGGUUGGGCGAUUUGAGAUUAACCUUAUCAGUCCAGACACUAAGUCAGUUGUGCUGGAAAAGAAUUUCAAAGAUAUUUCCUCUUGUUCUCAGGGUAUAAAGCACGUCGAUCACUUUGGCUUUAUCUGUCGGGAGUCUCCAGAGCCUGGGCUGAGCCAAUACAUUUGUUAUGUGUUCCAGUGUGCCAAUGAAUCUCUGGUGGAUGAGGUAAUGCUGACUCUGAAGCAGGCUUUCAGUACAGCUGCUGCGCUACAGAGUGCCAAAACUCAGAUCAAGCUGUGUGAGACCUGCCCCAUGCACUCUUUGCAUAAGCUCUGUGAGAGGAUUGAAGGCCUCUACCCACCAAGAGCCAAGCUGGUGAUACAGAGGCAUCUCUCAUCACUGACAGAUAAUGAGCAAGCUGACAUCUUUGAACGUGUUCAGAAAAUGAAGCCAAUCAGUGACCAGGAAGAGAAUGAGCUUGUGAUUUUACACCUCAGGCAGCUGUGUGAAGCCAAGCAGAAGACACAUGGGCACAUUGGGGAAGGCCCAGCGACUAUUUCAAAUAGUACAAUCCCAGAAAAUGCAGCAAGUGGUGGAAGGUUCAAACUUGACAUUCUGAAAAAUAAAGCAAAGAGAUCCUUGACUAGCUCCCUGGAAAAUAUCUUCUCAAGGGGAGCUAACAGGAUGAGAGGUCGGCUUGGAAGUAUGGACAGCUUUGAGCGGUCUAACAGUCUUGCUUCGGAGAAGGACUAUUCGCCAGGCGACUCUCCUCCAGGGACACCACCAGCCUCCCCUCUGUCCUCUGCUUGGCAAGCGUUCCCGGAGGAGGAUUCUGACUCCCCACAGUUCCGAAGACGGGCACACACGUUCAGCCACCCUCCUUCAAGCACAAAGAGAAAGCUGAAUUUGCAGAAUGGAAGGACUCAUGGGAUGCGCUCCCCUCUGCUGAGGCAGAGCUCCAGCGAGCAGUGCAGCAUUCUUCCACCAGUUCGACGCAUGCACAAGGAGAAUAAUUCUUCCUCCAGUCUUCCAAGUCUUCACACUUCCUUCUCUGCCCCUUCCUUCACUGCCCCCUCUUUCCUGAAAAACUUUUACCAGAAUUCAGGUAGACUGUCCCCACAAUAUGAAAAUGAAAUCAGUGAUGGAGAAGGGAGGAAAAGGACCUCAUCCACCUGCAGCAAUGAGUCCCUAAACGCUGGAGGAACCCCGGUCACACCUCGCAGGAUCUCCUGGCGGCAGCGCAUUUUCCUUCGCGUUGCAUCGCCCAUGAACAAAUCUCCCUCUGCAAUGCAGCAACAAGAUGGACAGGAUAGGAAUGAGCUGCUGCCACUGUCCCCUCUCACUCCCACCAUGGAAGAGGAACCGCUGGUUAUAUUCUUGUCUGGUGAUGAUGACCCAGAGAAGGUUGAAGAAAAAAAGAAAUCAAAAGAACUAAAGAGUUUAUGGAAAAAAGCUAUACAUCAACAAAUCUUGUUGCUUCGAAUGGAAAAAGAAAACCAGAAACUUGAAGAAGCAAGAAGAGAUGAACUCCAGUCCAGAAAAGUCAAGUUAGACUAUGAAGAAGUUGGCACAUGUCAGAAGGAGGUCUUAAUAACCUGGGAUAAGAAGCUGUUAAACUGCAGAGCUAAGAUCAGAUGUGACAUGGAAGAUAUUCAUAUUUCUCUAAGAGAAGGAGUUCCCAAAAGCCGACGAGGAGAAAUUUGGCAGUUCCUGGCUUUACAGUAUCGCCUAAGACACAGAUUGCCUAACAAGCACCAACCCCCAGACACAUCCUAUAAAGAACUUCUGAAGCGGCUCACCGCCCAGCAGCAUGCUAUCCUUGUGGAUUUGGGAAGGACAUUUCCUACUCAUCCCUACUUUUCAGUGCAGCUUGGGGCAGGGCAGCUGUCACUCUUUAACCUCCUGAAGGCCUACUCUUUGCUGGACAGUGAAGUGGGCUACUGUCAGGGGAUUAGCUUUGUGGCUGGAGUGCUGCUUCUGCACAUGAGCGAAGAACAAGCCUUUGAGAUGCUGAAGUUCCUCAUGUAUGACCUAGGCUUUCGCAAGCAGUACAGACCCGACAUGAUGUCGCUGCAGAUUCAGAUGUACCAGCUGUCCAGGCUCCUUCAUGACUAUCACAGAGAUCUCUACAAUCAUCUCGAAGAAAAUGAAAUCAGCCCCAGUCUUUAUGCUGCUCCCUGGUUCCUCACACUCUUUGCCUCUCAAUUUCCAUUAGGAUUUGUAGCCAGAGUUUUUGAUAUUAUUUUUCUUCAGGGAACUGAAGUGAUUUUCAAGGUUGCACUCAGCCUUCUUAGUAGCCAAGAGACUCUUAUAAUGGAGUGUGAAAACUUUGAAAGUAUUGUUGAAUUCCUCAAGAGCACGCUACCUGAUAUGAACACCUCUGAGAUGGAAAAAAUUAUUACCCAGGUGUUUGAGAUGGAUAUUUCUAAACAGUUACAUGCCUAUGAGGUGGAAUAUCAUGUGCUGCAGGAUGAGCUUCAGGAAUCCUCAUAUGCCUGUGAGGAUAACGAACCUAUGGAGAAGCUGGAAAGGGCCAAUAGCCAACUGAAAAGACAGAACAUGGACCUACUAGAAAAAUUGCAGGUGGCUCAUGCUAAAAUUCAGGCCUUGGAAUCGAACCUGGAAAAUCUUUUAACCAGAGAGACCAAAAUGAAGACUUUAAUUCGGACCCUGGAACAAGAAAAAACGGCUUAUCAAAAGACAGUGGAACAAAUCCGGAAGCUGCUGCCGGCAGAUGCACUAGCCAACUGCGAAACACUGCUGAAAGACCUAAACUGCAACCCUAACAACAAAGCCAAGGCAGGAAAUAAGCCAUAGUUCAAGAUGUGCUGUCUCAGCAGAAAGUGCUCCUUUAGAAUAUUGGAGAGGAAGAGCCCACGUGCUGCUGGCCCAAGCUGGACAUUGAAGCUGGGCGAGCCACCCGUGCUGGUGCUGAGCCCGCCAGCAAGUGGACCUCACUCUCAUCAGAGCUUGCCAAUCCCAAGCCGUUGUAUAUGUACACAGACGCUCUUGUUGCUAACUCUGUACAUACAUAUGAAAUGGACAUAAAGAGUUCAUACUUUCAAAUAAAGUGAGUAGACAUAUAUUUAGAGCAUUUUUUAGUCAGAACUUCAUGAAAUCCACACCAAAGGGAAGUUCAAGUGAAAUUUCCCUUGGGUACAUGUGAAAUCUUUUUGUCUUUUUAGCAAAACAAAGCUAGAGCAUCUUUGUAUAUUGAAAUAUACUUGAAAAAAAUGAAUGUAUUUUUUUCUCCAAAGAACAGCAUGUUUCACACGAUGGUGGAAAGGUGGAAACAUUUAUGUACCUUUAUGUGUACCUGUCCUAAAUUCUACUGACACUGUCUGAAUGAGGAAAGCUAGUCAUACUCUAGUAAGUUUUAUGGGAAGGUGGGGUCUUUUUGCUCUGCCUGCUUUGUGCCAAUGAGCAUGUUACAUCUUCAUGUAUUUUGAGUCUGGUGAGGCUUCUCUUUAGACACAGAUAAGGAGAAAGCAGGACAUUGUGGCUGAGUCUGCCCAGCUCAAGGUAAAAAAGAAUGUUGCUAAUUUUUUAGCAAACUAGACCAGCAUUAUUACUCAAACUGAAAAUACCAGGCCUUGAAAAUAUAAUUUAGGACCUAAAUUGUCUCGGUUAGCUUCUUACCUUUUUAUUUAAAUGACUUCUGCAGUUGUGAACAGUUCCUUGGUGCCACAGUAACUAAGUGACACAGAUUGGCCAUUUCCCCACCAAAUUUGUAAAAGCCCACGAUGUAGUUCUUUUGACUUUCAAUUUAGGAUAAGGAAAUGCAAUUAUGAUUAAUUUUUCUAAAGAGGACAUACUGUGUUCAGAUACUUUUAUUUUUUAUUUUUUGCCAAUUGACAGAAUCUAAUAAGCUAUUAAUCAUCUUCCCCUUUCAUGUGAAAAUUUAGGAGAACUGUGAAAGGUUUGGGAAAAACUGUUGAAAUCUACUGGAAGGGAAGGGGAAAGUGGCACCAAGCCCAACCCAAACCUACAAUUCUGAUUUGGACUCCCAGCUUCCGCUGCCUGCAAAUAGCUCGUUAGAAGAUAUUCAUGCAUGCUGGGUCUACGGAAGGGAAGUCAUUUUUCAAACUACACGUGCAAUUCUCCCUUUCAGCAAUGAUUUUACGAUAGUGCCUCUGAAAAUCAGUGCAGCUUUUUUGCCUUUCUAAACUAUUUAUCGGCACUGCUUUUUGCAGCACUUUUAUUUUCACAGAUGGAUUAUUUGGGGUAAUUUUCUUCAAAGAGAGUUUGUUAUACACAAACUGAAAUGUAUUAUAGAGUGCAAGAGUAAAGCUCUAAAGGGUUCAGAAAAUCUCCAUGAACAGAUGACAAACAUCUGAAACCCCCAUUAUGACUGGGUAACAGUGAAAGUACGUAUUCUUGUUGCAGAUCAGCAUGCCCUUUAAUCUCCAUGGUUUCUUAGAAAGACAAUAAUUUUUUUUUUUUUUAAGUAAAGCAAGUUCAUAUCACUUCUGGGUUCUAGAAAUUGCUGAUUCUAGGUACCCCAUUCACUUGGGGACUAUCAAUUGUUUUGUUAUUAGAUUUCCUGAAAAUUUCUCCGUUUACAGGAAAGGAUAAUUUUCCCUAUCAGGAAUAAUAUGUCAAAUAUUAUCUAACUAUAUGGUGAGACAAAUUGACUUAUGGGUGUGAUAUACAAGUGAUAGCCAAGAAGUCUUCAAGUGGGGGGAGGAAACCUUUUCUUUCUGUUAUUCAGUUUAAAGUAGACUUUAUUCUGGAUGUUUAAUGCCAGCAUUAUGAAUUGUAUUAUGGUGUUCAGAGAUUAAGGUGACUUGGAUACAAUGUUUUCUUUUGAAAAUAAAUUUUCUUUCUCAUUUGUGAUUUUUAAAAAUGUUGUACCAGUUAUGCUCCAUACAUUUUACAUCUUCAUCAGGUUAAUGUAAUGUCUGGUUCAUUUCCAAUAAAUACAUUGUUAAAGUUUCCUUGA